GUUCGAGUAAAUCAAUUGCAAUACUGAAAGCGCAGCAAAAGCAUGGAACGUCCUCUAUACUAUUUUGUAGGGCUGUGUCUACUGUUCAGCACAGUUCUGAUUGUGGACUCGGCGCCGCCUUCUGGACGAACUCUUCCACCUGAAUAUGCAUCCGAAACAUCUAUAGUAACAGCCACACUUCUACCUCAAACAACUAAACCACCUAUAGUAACACCCAUAUCACCACCUCAAACAUCUAAACCACCAGCUGAGACAUCCAAGGCACCACCUCAAGCGACAACAUUGUCCAUGCAAACAACCACAAAUAAGAAUAAUAUUGAGAACGAAAAGAUAAAUUUGAAAAUUGCACAUAUAUUAGAGAUAUCUAAAAUAGGCCACAUUGUUGGGAAUGCCGAAUACGAUCAGGAAACGGCGCAUCUGCGGCAUAUAGCCAGUCUGGGUCCCGAAUCUCUGCAGUUGAAAUUGCAAGCUUAUGACAAAUUUGUAAGUUAUAAUUACUUGCGACUCAAGUUGGAGAGUAAUUUGCUCAGUCGCAUCGCUGUCGUCGAGAGCUAUUUGAUCCAUAAGCCACUGUCAAAGAAAUGCAAAAAAGUCUAUCGCAAGCAACGAAAGGAAUUGACGGCGGCACUGAAUGAGCAAAACUUGCUAAAGUCAUACAAACUGAAUUUAUAUAGCAGGCCGUGUCGUUCCGAUAGUUGGGAAGGAUCGCAGCAAGAGGACUAUUUCGAUUGGUUGGAUUGGUUGCAAUGGUUUCAUUUCUUUUGAAUAUAAGUUUUCUAUAUUAUAGAAAAAACAAAAAAAAAAACAAAAAU